AUGGCGCCUGACCGGCUUCUGACAGCGGCUGGCAGCAUGGCGGACAAGAGACGUGCUGUAGCAGGCUCCCCGGUACCGCGGGCUCAGCCGCGACCCACCAGCGAGGCCGACUUUCUGGCUCAGGCAGGAGUACGUGACGUGCUACGAAUGGCCGUGCUGAAGCUGCUGGAGGCCAGGCCGGAGGACCCGGUGCUCUUCUUGGCUGAUUACUUCAAGAAAAUGGGCGUCGGGGUGUCAAAGAUCGGUGACCGGGGGUCGCACAUAGCGGGGCAGCAACGUCUAGCUCAUGCCCUGUGGUACCUGAAGCUGGCGCAUCACUCCCAGAGAGCUGCCUUCAACAAUAACCUUACCAAUGCGUACGACUGCCUCAGUGCUGGAGGAAGAAAGAGAAAGCCUGGCCUGAACGGAAAGACGUACAGUGAGGUCCUGGCCAGGAUUUGUCAAGAAGGUGACCUCCCUACAGAGAUUUCCUCUGCCCUUCUGAAGAAGAUCCAGUGCCGAGAUCAUGAAGCUGUUCCUUUUGAUGUUUUCCGUUAUGGGGUUCUCACCUGCUUUGUGUUGGUGGAGUUCAUGUCUAAAGCAGACACUCUGUUCAAUAUUCUAGAUGGGGAUAACCAGUCUGACCAAAGUGUGUGCCAAGCUGUGCUAGACACUUUAGAAGAAGCACUUACUGCCAGUGACUUAGCUGUUCCAGCCAGCUACCUGGAGGCUGGCUCAAAACUAGGACCUGACUGUUUGGCCAUUGCUAUGGACCGAGCAUUCCAGAACAGAAAGCCUGGUAUUCCUAUGGGACGUGGUGACUUUAUGAAAGAGGCAUGCUUGCUCUUUCUUGAUAAAGUCAAACCAGUCUAAUGAAUGGCCUGUGUGCCCUUACCAACUAAUGUUUUACAUAAGUUAAUUUUCUGGUACUGAUCCAAGUUCUGCAGUAGUGGAGAUCUCCUAGUUAUGUUCAUACUCUUGAUGUAUCUCUUAGGCCUCUUUCACACAGGCGAGUUUUCCGCGCGGGUGCAAUGCGUGAGGUGAACGCAUUGCACCCGCACUGAAUCCGGACCGAUUCAUUUCUAUGGGGCUGUGCACAUGAGCGGUGAUUUU